UUUCACUUUAACUACAAGCAAGACGGACAAAGACUGUUACUCGUCUUCCACCAAAAUAUGGAGGGAACAUCCUCUCUCCAGGCCACCGCCACCAGUGCAGCAUUACAUGCAGCAACAUUGCUGGCGACUCUAAACCAUCAGAGAGAUCGAGGUUUAUUCUGUGACUGUGUACUAAGGCAGAGGCGGAGCUCAGACCAGCUCUACCAUGCACACCGGUGUAUUCUGGCAGCCUCCAGUCCAGUGUUGGCAUGCAUCCUGUCCUCAUCUGGCGCUCUUGUGGAACUAGAGGAUCCAAGUCUCUCGGACUCCGUGUUACCUUCCCUUCUGGACUAUAUUUACACCGGCGUUCUUCCAUGCCCUCUCAGCCAACAGGAUUAUCACAGACUGCUCUCUGCUGCCCGCCAUAUGCAGAUGAAAGAACUGCAGGACGCUCUGAAUGCAACCUGGCUACAGAUCCAAGCUAAAGCCUCAGAUGAAAAAAGUGCCCCUGGCAUAGUUGAAAUGUAUUCAGUUAAAGAGACAGAACAUAAUUAUAAAAAUGAUUUGAAGACCUUCAAAGAUCUGCCACCAUCAAUCACAACAUGUUCUUUUCAAAGGCUCGAAACAGCACCUGCAGAGCAGUUUCCUAAUGAAGAGACAUUUCCAGAAGCCCGUAUAAAUUCAGCCAGUAUUGAUCGCAGUACUGAAAAUAAUGAGAGUAUUAGAAAGCACUAUGCAAAUGGUCACAGAAGAAAUGAACCGACUAUUUUAAAUGACUUCAAUACUUUCAGCAUACUUGAAAACAAUGAUAGAGAGAAUACUGGUGACUACAGACAAGUCAAGUCUCCGAUACAAAAGGACCCAAUGAGCCAUAAAACGGACAAAUCUGAGAUACAUAAAAUCUCAAGAGUAAUCCAAUACCAGGAUGAGAGCAAUUCAUCUGACCUUCUAGAACUACAUACAGGACAGAAAAUCCCAGAAGAUAAGCCACUCCAUGUAUCUGAGGACAGAAAGAGACGCUCCUCAUCUUCUUCAUCAUCACCACACCGAUUCUGCGAGGCAGUGCCUGUCAUCUGUCACAGUAGCCGAGCUGCUGUCCUGCAGAAUUCAGAAGUCUCUGCAGGGCGUCCUCACAAUCAAGCAUUGCAGCCUCUUCCCAACAUGGGUGAUUUCUCCCUCUCAGUCAGCACAAGCAAUGACACAUUUAUCAAAGCUAUUAGCACUGAGUGCAAAGCUCAAAAUGGAGUCCCAAAUCAGGACACCAGAAGAACUAUACGGCACACUAAUGACCGCAAGGGGAACAAGGAUUACAAUAGCAACAAUUUGCAUCUCUUUAGAGCAGACCUGGGACCUUUUCUGAGUCUGAUAGUCGAGGAGACAGCAAAGAUAGAAGCCUUCUUUAUAUAA